CGAUGUCAAACUUCAUGGAGGACGCCAAGAAAUUAAAGAAGCACCAGACUUCGCUCAUAGUUGCGGGUUCUGCCCACCAUGCCCACUUUAAACGCUGCCUCAACCACUUGAUGAACAACGUUGACGAGGAGUUGCAGCUCAAGCUUUCCACCAUCCACUCCAAUGACGCCACGAUCCAACUGCAAAUGGCAGAGCUCAGUGGCCAAGAGAUGAAACAGCUUGGGGUCUUGAGUACCCAGUGUGAAAAGGUGCUCGCAAAGUACUCGCAAAAGACCAGGGAGAGCAGCCGGAUGAUUCAAAACCACGCCGAGGCGAUUGACCAGAAGAUGCAUAACAGCUGCUGAUAUAUUAGAGAGAUGAGCAUUAUGCUAGCUGCCUUAGUCAGCCAAGUGACGGGUAUACCCCAUUACCCCAAGUCGAGUGAUUAAAGUGGAAAGGCCUCAGAUGGUGCGGUUUGGCGGCGGACUCUCUCAAUUUUGAUAGGGUAAGAAUUAAACACCUUUUGGAUUCUGUUUGCUAAAUCUGAGAAGAGCUUCAAUGGGAACCCAGGCAUGACAAGCAUUCAUAUGAUAAGACCGUUCGUCCAACGGACACCUGUGCUGAGACUAAGAUGGAAUGCUCACUCAUCCUUUGAGUAAGCCCCACCCCCUUCAAACUGUGGUUAGUUUUAUCGGGGAAAUUAUUAUUCCAAGGAAACGCUCUAAUAAAAAGCUAAGCUCGUUUAAAUGAGCAUAAUACAAUAACGAUGGAUAGGCUAUAGGGAUUCAUAUAUAGUUUUUCGCCGCAUGAAACGGUUCCAUAAAGCUGCGGGACAAACCGUUACACUUAUU